AUGUUCUGUUCCGUUUUGUGUCGCUAGCUCGACGUGAAUCCAACAAGAACGGGGAAAGUAUGUUAUUCUGUUUAACUGUACUGUGCAAGUGGUCGAGAAUACUUUGUUUUGUUUUUUCUUUAUAGACUUUACAUAAACAAAACAUAUUGAAGAACAGACAUGGCGCUCACCGAUGCUGACGUUCAGAAACAGAUCAAGCACAUGAUGGCCUUCAUUGAGCAAGAGGCCAAAGAGAAAGUUGAGGAAAUUGAUGCAAAGGCGGAGGAAGAGUUCAACAUCGAGAAAGGUCGUCUGGUGCAGACUCAGCGGGUGAAAAUCAUGGAAUACUAUGAGAAGAAGGAAAAGCAUAUUGAACAACAUAAGAAAAUCCAGAUGUCCAACAUGAUGAACCAAGCGAGGCUGAAGGUGCUGAAGGCCCGUGAUGACAUGAUCACGGAUUUGUUGAAUGAGGCUCGUCAAAGACUUGGAGAGAUUGCCAAGGACCCUGCUAGGUACUCUACCCUAUUGGAGGGCCUGGUGCUUCAGGCAUUUUAUCAACUGCUGGAACCUAAAGUUACUGUUCGCUGCCGACAGCAAGAUGUAGAAAUGGUUCAGGCUGCAGUUAAUAAAAGUGUCCCCAUUUACAAAGAGGCAGUGAAGAGCAGCAUAGUCGUCAAAAUCGACCUGGAACGUUUUCUUCCAUCACAGCUCUGCGGCGGAGUUGAAGUAUAUAAUGAUAAUGGGAAGAUCAAGGUUUCCAACACUUUGGAGAGCCGGCUAGAACUUACGGCACAUCAGAUGAUGCCUGAGAUCAGAGUGAACUUGUUUGGUGCCAACCCCAACCGCAGGUUCACGGAUUAGCAGUGGAUUUGAAGAGAGCAGUGCGGACACGGGUGGAACAUAUAAGGUGACCACAGACCAUCAUCAUAGUGAUCAAGAGUCUGUACAAUCACCUGCCAAUCAUCAGGGUCAACGAAAACCCGGAUUUACUUAAUAGGAUGCUACGGAUGUGUUCAUAUAUCUUUUUUUAUUUUUGUACUAAUACUAAUGCACUUAUGUUUAAGUGCCCUCUAUUUUACCUCUCCAGGGGUUGUCUAAAGGACUGCUUUAAAUUGCAAUGGCAUUACAAAUGUGUUUUCCUUCAGUUGCUUUGGGAAAUCUGUUGCUCUUUACUACUUGAUUAAAGUAAUCAAAGCUACAUAUUUAGGUCACCAAAGAUACACAUUUUCACUUCACAUACUUAGUCUACAUUUUCUGUAGACUACACUACAGCCUAUGAUGAGGUUGAUUAUGUUUGCCAAACAUCACUUUUUUACUGUCUUUACUGUUUGACUGUGUGUGUGUGCAUGUGCGCGCGCGCACACAUGCGGGCGGGCAGAGAAAGCAUAUUUACCAUUGUUCUGAAGCACUUGACAUACAAAAACCAAAGAAAUAAAUGUGUGUGACACAGAGAAAUCAGCAUGUAUGAGAUAUUUUUAUUUACAGCAAACAGUUUACUCAGGCUAUGUUCAUUCUACAGUGAGGAAAAUGUAGUAGCCUAGGUACACUAGCCACAUCAAAAUGUGUGUUGCAUUAAAAAUGUAAAAAAAAAAAAAAAAAAA